CUAUAGUGUAAACAAAAGUAAAUUAAAAAUGUUUAAUAUGUUCAAACAUGAGUUAGUGUUUAUAUUAUUAUGUUUUAUCUUAGCCGCGGUUUUCGCACAUCCAAAGGAUGUUGGAAUUACAACAACAACAACAACACAGAAGCCGGAGUUAAAGAACAGAUUCUUCGGUUUGGAAAAUAUUUUGGGCCAAAUAUUCCAUGGGCCAGGAUAUCUCAAUCAGCAAAACCCUCAAGCACAAUUCAACAAUUGGCAACAAAUGCAAACACCAAAUCAAGCGCAAUCAAAUUUAGACCAGCAUCUCCAAUCGACGCCACAAUAUCCUCAGGGUGGCUUCUCCCAAAACAAUUUUGGGAAUAGCCAAAACCAAUACCCAUCACCGGUACAAUUUCCAGAUCAACAGAUCAACCAACAGUUAAAUCAGUACCCUUCCCAAUCAAAUCAACAAAACUUUAACGGAAACAACUUUGGACAGAACCAAAAUUUUAACACUGGCACUUUAGACGACAUUCCACUUCAGAAUGGGAUCAGCCAGUCCCGACCUGGAAAUUGGAAUCCUGGAAACCAAUUUCAAAAUCAAAAUCAGGGAAACCAACAGUUCCAGAAUCAAAAUGGAAACCAGAUGUCAAUUCAAAAUCAGAAGCCACAAGGCCUUGAUGAGUACAAUCCCGUGGCCAUAUUAGGAAAACCUGUUGCUAUGACUACUUCUGUCCCAGAUAGCAUUGUUUUCCAAGAUGGUAGUGAUACUCCCACGCAGAGACAAUGUGUGCAGGAUUGCCCAUCGACCACAGAAUACAAGCCCGUGUGCGGAUCGAACAACGUAACGUACUUUAACCCGGGCCGGUUCAUUUGCGCUCGGAACUGCGGUGUUAAUGUUUUCAUACAAGGGGACGGUAAAUGUAAAACAAGAUGACACCAUUAUGAAUAAAAUAAUUAUAAAAA